UAAUACAACGCGAAAUCGUGGCCCCAUUCAUUCCCCUCCCCCGCCCCUCUCUCUCUCUCUCCCCUUCGCAUGAAGGAGCGCCACCGCAUCGCCGGAGCGCCGCCGCCGCUCUAGCGCCGGCUCCGGUUAAUGGAGACCUUCCGCCACCAGCGAUCCCCCGGCUCCGAUCGCUUCCUCGGCCUCUUCUCCCCUGCCCCCGCCGCGAGCGGCGGCGGCGGCGGCGGCGUCGCCGGAGAUGAGCUCCACGAGGACGAGGUCUUCUGGACCACCCCCGCGCCCGACCCCCCCACUGAGCCGAGCCGCUCCAGGAAACCCUCCCCCGCCACGGCGAACCGAGUCCCAAACCCUAGCCCCGCCACAGCCGCCUUCGGUGGAGCCGCCGGCGGCGGCGGCGGCGCCGUGCUCCGCCGCGUCCCCGAUCGGAGCUUCGGGAUCCUCGCGGCGCUGGCGGAGGACGAUCGGAAGCGCGCGGCGGUGACGGCGUCAUCCUCGGCUCCGUUCGUCCAUCGGAAAGCGACCUUCGCCGCCGCUCCCUCCGCCUCCGCCUCCGCCUCAGCCUCUGCCUCCACGUCCCCUUCGUCCUCCGCGUGGGCGAUCCCCGCGGUGCCGAAGCCGAAGUCCGAGUUCUCGCGAUCGGCCACGGCCGGGAGCAAGAUCUACCAACAGUCGGCGCCGGUGAAGGUUCCCGUGCGACCGACGAGGCCGAGAAAGGGUUCCGGCGAGCUCGCCGUCGACGACGACGACGACGAGGGCUACAGGGGCGAGGCCGAGAUGCUCCCGCCGCACGAGAUCGUGGCGAGGGCGUGGGGGGACGGCACGCCGAUGAUGACUUCGUCGGUGCUUGAAGGUGUCGGGAGGACGCUCAAGGGCCGGGAUCUGCGCCGCGUCCGCAACGCCGUGUUGCGGCAAACGGGGUUUCUCGAUAACGUUUGAGGAAAGAGCUUUUUCCCCCUCUCUCUCUCUUUGGCCCUCUCUUUACGAUAUCAUUCUCUCUCAAAGAAAAAAAAAUUUUUGGUUGUUGAUUUGUUCUGAUCAUAGUAUAAUGUGUCUUUCUGGGGGGAGAGAACUUUGAGGACCUUUUCACGGUCAAUUGGGAAUAAAUAUAUACAUCUUCGUGCGUUUUCCAUCUCAAUUCCAAUUUUGUGAUUCAGAUUCCAGUUUCAUCUACGGAUUCGCUUUGUGUAUUUGGAAUGAAUAAGUAUCUUUUACUUCCGUUAGAUUCAAUUAUUUAGUUAAAUUUCCAAUCAUCA